CUCAUCUCUCUCCUCCUCUCUCUCUCUCUCUUGCUCACACAUCCCUCUCUUAUAAUUCUACACUGUUUGUAAUAAAUGGCCUGUAAGGGUCUCUGUGUGCUUGGGACUCCUAUUAGGCUUGGAUUACUGAAAGGAUUCUCCUGUUGUUCUUUGUAACGUCAGGACUAGUUUGUGAUGUUGGUCAGGGCUGGUCCAGCGGUAGGGUUUUGAGAUAAGGCUGUAACUAGGGUUAGGGUGUAUGUGUGUGAGACGUGUGUAAGAUGUGUCAUGAUGUCACUCAGGAAACGCGAGGAGGAGCAGCGGAGGCGGGAGGCGGAGCAGCAAAUCUCAUUGGCCAGAACAGAGAAACAGAGGAUGUUAUUGGCCCGCGCUGAGCAGGAGCAGCUGUCAUUGGCUGAGACUAUGAAGGAACUGUCAGUGUAUGAGAGAGAGGCAGGGGGCGGGGCUAAUACAGCCUCCAAAGCAGAACAGACCAAUAGCAAAGAGGAGACACGGAAACAUAGAGCACAUAGAAGCAGACCCUCCAGGAGAGGAAGGAGGCGCAGCCAGGCAAAGGCCCUGACCCCGUGGUGACCCCUCACCCCUCAGUGACCUCUGACCCCAUGCCCCCUGCGCAGGGGUCUAGGGUCAGGGAGCGUCUCUCUUCUGCAGGCUGCAGCCGACCCCCCAGUCCAAAACACAGACCCCCACCACCACCAAGGACCAAGAGACUCACCUCUGCAAACACACACACUCCUUCCAAAACACACACUACCUCCAC